AUGGCGUCCUCCGUGGGCAGCAUGGCCGACGGCGCGGGACUGGCGGAGUCGGCGCAGCGGGAGUACCAGGCCGGGGACUUCGAGGCCGCCGAGAGGCACUGCAUGCAGCUCUGGAGACAAGAGCCCGACAAUACCGGUGUGCUUUUAUUACUUUCCUCCAUCCAUUUCCAGUGUCGUAGGCUGGACCGGUCGGCCCACUUCAGUACGCUGGCCAUUAGACAGAACCCGCUGCUGGCCGAAGCCUAUUCGAAUUUGGGCAAUGUGUACAAGGAGCGGGGGCAGCUGCAGGAGGCCAGCGAGCAUUACCGGCAUGCACUGCGCCUCAAGCCGGACUUUAUCGAUGGUUACAUUAACCUGGCCGCGGCGCUGGUGGCCGCCGGCGACAUGGAAGGGGCGGUCCAAGCGUACGUCUCUGCGCUUCAGUACAACCCGGACCUGUACUGCGUUCGCAGUGACCUGGGGAACCUGCUCAAAGCCCUGGGGCGGUUGGAAGAAGCCAAGGUAUGUUAUCUCAAAGCAAUUGAGACGCAACCGAACUUUGCAGUAGCUUGGAGUAAUCUUGGCUGUGUUUUCAAUGCGCAAGGGGAAAUUUGGCUGGCAAUUCAUCACUUUGAAAAGGCGGUCACCCUCGACCCCAAUUUUCUGGAUGCUUACAUCAAUUUAGGCAACGUCUUGAAAGAGGCACGGAUUUGUGACAGAGCUGUGGCAGCUUACCUGCGUGCCCUCAGCCUGAGCCCAAAUCAUGCCGCGGUACACGGCAACCUGGCUUGUGUAUACUAUGAGCAAGGCCUCAUAGAUCUGGCAAUAGACACCUACCGGCGAGCCAUUGAACUGCAACCCCAUUUCCCUGACGCUUACUGCAACCUCGCCAAUGCUCUCAAAGAGAAGGGCUGUGUGACUGAAGCAGAAGAUUGUUAUAAUACAGCGCUCCGGCUGUGUCCCACCCAUGCAGACUCGCUGAAUAACUUAGCCAAUAUCAAACGAGAACAGGGGAACAUUGAAAUGGCAGUUUGCUUGUAUCGCAGCGCGUUGGAUGUCUUCCCUGAGUUUUCUGCUGCCCAUUCAAAUUUGGCAAGCGUACUACAGCAGCAGGGAAAACUGCAGGAAGCUCUGAUGCAUUAUAAGGAGGCUAUUCGAAUCAGUCCUACCUUUGCUGAUGCCUAUUCUAACAUGGGAAACACGCUAAAGGAGAUGCAAGAUGUCCAGGGAGCCUUGCACUGUUACACACGUGCCAUUCAGAUUAACCCUGCGUUUGCAGAUGCCCACAGCAAUCUGGCUUCCAUUCACAAGGAUUCGGGAAAUGUUGCUGAAGCAAUCGCUUCUUACCGCACUGCUCUGAGACUUAAACCUGAUUUUCCUGAUGCUUAUUGCAACUUGGUUCAUUGCCUGCAGAUUGUCUGUGAUUGGACAGACUAUGAUGAGCGAAUGCAGAAGUUGGUCUGUAUUGUGGCUGACCAGUUAGAGAAAAAUAGGUUGCCUUCUGUGCAUCCGCAUCAUAGUAUGCUAUAUCCUUUUUCUCAUGGCUUUAGGAAGGCCAUUGCUGAGAGGCAUGGGAAUCUCUGCUUGGAUAAGAUCAGUGUUCUUCAAAAACCACCAUAUGAACACCCAAAGGACUUGAAGCUCAGUGAUGGUCGACUGCGUAUAGGAUAUGUGAGUUCUGACUUUGGGAAUCAUCCUACUUCUCACCUUAUGCAGUCUAUUCCUGGCAUGCACAAUUCUGAUAAAUUUGAGGUGUUCUGUUAUGCCCUGAGCCCAGAUGAUGGCACAAACUUCCGAGUGAAGGUGAUGGCAGAAGCCAAUCAUUUCAUUGAUCUUUCCCAUAUUCCAUGCAAUGGGAAAGCAGCUGAUCGCAUCCAUCAGGACGGUAUACACAUCCUUAUAAAUAUGAAUGGUUAUACAAAGGGUGCACGAAAUGAACUCUUUGCUCUCAGGCCAGCUCCUAUUCAGGCAAUGUGGCUGGGAUACCCUGGAACUAGUGGGGCACUCUUCAUGGAUUACAUCAUCACCGAUCGGGAAACUUCACCAGCUGAAGUUGCUGAGCAGUAUUCUGAGAAACUGGCUUAUAUGCCCCAUACUUUCUUUAUUGGUGAUCAUGCUAAUAUGUUUCCUCAUCUGAAGAAAAAGGCAGUCAUUGGUUUUAAGUCCAGUGGGCACAUUUAUGACAAUCGGACUGUUCUGAAUGGCAUCAACCUCAAAGCAUUUCUUGAUAGUUUACCAGAUGUGAAGAUUGUCAAGAUGAAAUGUCCUGAUGGAGGAGACAACGCAGACAGCAGUAAUACGGCUCUUAAUAUGCCAGUUAUUCCAAUGAGUACUACUGUAGAAGCAGUUAUGGAAAUGAUUAACAGAGGACGAAUUCAGACAACAAUUAAUGGAUUUAAUAUUAGCAACGGACUGGCAACUACCCACAUCAACCAUAAGGCUGCCACUGGAGAAGAGGUUCCCCGUACCAUUAUUGUAACCACACGUUCUCAGUAUGGCUUACCAGAAGAUGCCAUUGUGUACUGUAACUUUAAUCAGUUAUAUAAAAUUGACCCUUCUACUUUGCAGAUGUGGGCAAAUAUUCUGAAGCGUGUUCCCAAUAGCGUGCUGUGGCUGUUGCGUUUUCCAGCAGUAGGAGAACCUAAUAUUCAACAGUAUGCAUACAACAUGGGCCUUCCCCAGAACUGUAUAAUUUUUUCACCUGUUGCUCCUAAGGAAGAACAUGUCAGAAGAGGCCAGCUGGCUGAUGUCUGCCUGGACACUCCACUCUGUAAUGGGCACACCACAGGAAUGGAUGUCCUGUGGGCUGGAACACCCAUGGUGACUAUGCCAGGAGAGACUCUUGCUUCUCGAGUUGCAGCUUCCCAGCUCACUUGUUUAGGUUGUCUUGAGCUUAUUGCUAAAAAUAGACAAGAAUAUGAAGACAUAGCUGUAAAACUGGGAACUGAUCUAGAAUACCUGAAGAAAAUUCGUGGCAAAGUCUGGAAGCAGAGACUAUCUAGCCCUCUGUUCAACGUCAAACAAUACACAAUGGAACUAGAGCAGCUCUAUCUACAGAUGUGGGAGCAUUAUGCAGCUGGCAACAAACCCGAUCAUAUGAUUAAGCCUGUCAAAGUCACUGAGUCAGCCUAAAUAAAGACUAUAUGCACAGGAGAAUUACUCCU